AGAGAGAGAGAGCUGUCGUGAACGCGCCGGCCUGUGUGACUGUGGUAGUGUUGGUGGUGUGUACGUGUAUAUACAUAUAUAUGUGUGUGUGGGAGCAGGAGGGGAGACUCUGCAGUGUCUUGGCAGCUGCAUUAGUGCAUCUCCCACCGUCCGCGAUGCCUCCACGGCCAAUGCCUGCCUCCUCCGCGUCCACUUGACAGCAGAAACCGAUAUGAAGUCGUCUGGAAACUGAGCCGGACGUUCACACUCACGCUCGCUGUGUGUUCGCAGACGGUCCGGAGCGCUUCAUCCACCCACCGAAACCGAGAUUUAUUUUUUAUUUUUUAUUUUUUUACGUUUUAAUGGAAAAUGGCGAUAGGCGAAAGGUCUCGCAGCAUCGCCUGCUUCUUAUCUCUCCAGAUCAUCCUGAUUUGCGUCGGAUCGUGGCCUGGAGCGGAGGGUCUCACAUUCCCACAACAAUACACGAUAAUGCACUGGGCCAGACGUAUCGAGCAGGAGUUUGACAGAGUCUUUCAGCAAAUCACUGGAGCUCAGCAGCUGAAAGGGAUAUACAAUGAAGAAAGACGACGGUUCAGCCUGGUCAGAAAUCAACCUCGGAAAAUUGUGGAGAAGGUGGCUUUGGAUAUAGAGAAACUCCUCGCUAAGAAACGCAAAGCACUUGAUAGGUUGGCCAGUGAAGCAGAGAGGCUCCAGCGAGAGCAUCCAUGGCAGGAUGGGAUCAAGGAGCUGGACAUGGCUUACUAUGACUCCAAGGCAGAGCUGGAUUAUUACUCCAUGGAUGGAGAAGGAGAGGUGGAAAACCCCUCCCACAUCAAGCUGGAGUUUGUGUAUGAUCCCAACUUCAAAAACAACGUCAACUAUUCCUACACGGCUGUUCAGAUCCCCACGGAUAUAUAUAAAGGAGCUCCCGUCAUCCUGAAUGAGCUGAACUGGACGCAAGCGCUGGAGAAAGUCUUCAUGGAGAACAGCCGAGAGGAUCCGUCACUACUGUGGCAAGCGUUCGGGAGUGCGACGGGAGUCACUCGCUACUAUCCAGCGACACCGUGGAAAGCUCCUGAUAAAAUUGACCUGUAUGAUGUCAGGAGGAGGCCCUGGUACAUCCAGGGAGCCUCAUCCCCCAAAGACAUGGUCAUCCUUGUCGAUGUGAGCGGCAGCGUCAGUGGCCUCACACUGAAACUGAUCAAAGCGUCAGUGAUGGAAAUGCUGGACACUUUAUCCGAUGAUGACUAUGUCAACGUGGCCAGGUUCAACGAGAAGGCUGAGGCCGUGGUUCCUUGCUUCAAACACCUGGUCCAGGCUAACGUACGCAACAAAAAGAUCUUCAAGGAGGCAGUGCAGCAGAUGCAGGCUAAAGGCACCACAGACUACAAGUCUGGAUUUCACUUUGCCUUCAAUCAGCUGUUAAAUAAGACAAACGUCCCCCGCGCCAACUGCAAUAAAAUAAUCAUGUUGUUCACUGAUGGAGGGGAGGACAGAGCUCAGGAUGUCUUCAUGCAAUACAACUGGCCCAAUAAGACAGUUCGAGUAUUUACCUUUUCUGUGGGUCAACACAACUAUGAUGUCACACCUUUACAGUGGAUUGCAUGCACAAAUAAAGGUUACUAUUUUGAGAUCCGUUCCAUCUGUGCUAUAAGGAUUAACACCCAGGAGUACCUCGACGUGCUUGGACGCCCCAUGGUUCUGGCAGGCAGCGAUGCCAAGCAGGUUCAGUGGACCAAUGUGUAUCAGGAUGCUUUGGGUCUCGGCAUGGUAGUAACUGGGACUUUACCAGUAUUCAAUCUCACCUCAGAUGGAAACUCACAGAAUCAGCUGAUCUUAGGUGUCAUGGGAGUGGACGUGCAUCUCGAUGAGAUAAAGCGUCUGACACCACGAUACAACCUCGGGGCCAAUGGAUACAUAUUUGCCAUUGAUCCAAAUGGAUAUCUGCUCCUUCAUCCAAACCUUCAGCCAAAGCUUGUCAAUCUGCCUGAACCUGUGACACUGGACUUCCUGGAUGCUGAGGUGGAGGACAGCAAUAAAGAAGAGAUCCGGCGACAAAUGAUUGAUGGCAGACCAGGGGAAAUGCAGGUCAAAACUCUCAUAAAGUCCAUUGAUGAGCAAUACAUUGAUGAGGUCUACAGGGGUUACACCUGGACUCCCAUCAACGGCACAGAUUACAGUCUCGGUCUGGUACUACCUCCCUACAACGAGUACUACAUCCAGGCAGACCUCAGUGAUGUGAUGCUGCAGCUCCAGUAUAUGCAGUCGUUACUGCCCAGCUCCUUUGAAUCAUCCGGACAUGUGUUUCUGGCUCCAAGGGAGUACUGCCAGCGUCUGCAGCUGUCUGACAACAACACCCAGUUCUUGCAGAACUUUCUCACUCUCAUGCUGGACAUCUCCCCAGAAUCUGAAGAGUGUGAGCAAGGCCUCAUCUACAACCUGAUUUUGGACUCCAGGAUCAUCGGGCAGCUCGCUUCCCGCGUGUGGAAGAACAAGGACCUGAAUUCGUACGGCUUCCAGGCAGUAUUUGCAUCCACAGAUGGAGGGAUAACACGUGUUUUCCCCAGCCUAGCCGCUGACAUGUGGGACGAGGAUCCUGAACCCUUCAAUUCAAAUUUCUACAGACGGAGCCUCGACAACAAAGGCUACAUGUUCAGACCACCACCGAGAUCAGCUCUGGACGACCCCGUAGGAGCAGAAAACGGCACUAUUGGAAUCCUGGUUAGUUCUGCGGUGGAGGUUAAUUUAGGAGGCAAACUACUCAAACCUGCAGUGGUCGGCGUGAAGCUGGAUCUGGAAGCAUGGGUGGACAAGUUUAAGAUCUUAGCCAGCAACGUGUCAGACAGUCGACAGGGCUCCCACAAGUGUGGGCCGUCCAGAAGUUGUGAAAUGGACUGUGAAGUGAACACAGAUGACCUCCUCUGCUAUCUCAUUGAUGAUGGCGGCUUCCUGGUUAUGUCCAAUCAGCGAGAUAACUGGAAAAAGAUCGGUCAUUUCUUUGGUGAUGUGGACCCUUACCUGAUGUACGCACUCUACAACAACUCCAUCUUCUCCCGGCGACAGUCUUUCCACUACCAGUCUGCAUGUGAGCCGGUCAGCAGCAGCCACACGGGCGCAGCCCCGAGGGGCAUCUUUGUGCCGUCCAUCGCUGACAUCUUGAGCUUGGCCUGGUGGACGUCCUCUGUGGCAUGGUCUGUGGCUCAGCAACUUCUGUAUGGACUGGCCUAUAAUAGCUGGCUCUACCAAGAUGAUGUCUUAGUUGAAGGCUUUGAGACAAAAGAAAGUAGCUGUGUGACCAUCCAAAGCCAGUUCUACUUCACGAACACCACCAACUCCUACAACGUGCUGCAGGACUGUGGAAACUGUUCACGGCUGUUCCACGCAAAGAGGAUAGAAAACACCAACCUGCUUUUUGUGGUGGCUGAGACCCUGCCCUGCAGCUCCUGUGAGAUUGAGAGACUGACCCAGGUCAGGACAGAGUUUCAAGAGGAGAAUCCAUGCGAAGUACUGAGCAAUGCACGAUAUCGUAAAGGGCCGACUUCCUGCUUUGACUACAGUGCCUUAGAAAACACGUCAGAGUGUGGACGGGGUCAUUCUCUGCAGUCCUCUAUAGGAGUCCUCCUCUGCGUUCAGCUUGUUCUGCCUCUCUUUCAUCUCGCACACGUGCAAACACUCUGACAUUUUACAUCUCUCUGGGUUUAGGCUCGGAUCUACUGAAGGUCAGAUCAAACAGCGACUGCAAAACUCUCCCUUUUUUGAUCUACAAAUGGCUCACGGAGCACCGUGCUCGGAGAGAAGACCCUGCAUCAGCUCUUAGUGUUUUUUGCCUUAUCGCUUAUAUGCAUUUGUUAGUGUUUCAGGGCUCGAGUGCAACGUAUAGAAUGUGUUGAGUGUGCAUGCAACUUGAACCAGGACGAGCAGGUUUGAUUUCUUUUUAUCUGUCCGUUUAUUUAAUUAGUUUUGCCCACAGGCUCGACCACAUCACCAAUCAACAAGAAGGUCAGGGAGGCAGUUAAAAUGUGCAUCAAACAGGCCAAUGGACACUUACCCAGCAGGAACAGACUUCAGUCAAUAUUCGACUGUGGUGGUGAAAUUUUAAAAGAUCUUAAAAAAACAAAAAAAAAACACACACACACUUUUUUAUUUUCAGAGGAAUUGUAUCUGCAGACUUUUACCAAAGCAGAUGUGGAUAAGUUACUGAGAAUGUAUCGAUGCAUCGUACAUUAUAGUGUCAGAUUUUUGUUGUAACUCUUGUAGUUGAGAUGGAACUCGUUUUACUUUUGGGUCUGGAACAUUCUGAAAAACCAAAGGUUUCCUCUUUAAAAUUUUAGACUAAGAAGCAAUGGUAACUAUAAAUGUAGUGUCACAGAGUGAGACAUGCAGUACUUUAUGCAACAUGGUCUCCGGUGAUUUAAUUUCCUUUCUCAUAAGAACAGUUUAAACCUGAAUAUUUAUUAGACAUUGCUCCAUUCUUCAGCAUGUCACCCUAAACAUGGAUCAAAAACUCUUCUUAAGAGGCACCGCAUACAUGCCUGCGUGAUUGGCCAAACAACUGAGUGACUUUUUUUCUUUUUAGCUCUUUCACCAUCACUUUCUGACAUGUGAGUGAACAGUUCUGAAUAUACUGCAGUCCAUGUUUUGCAGUGGAGUUAGUGGAAAAUUACAGAUUAUGCACAGCCCGUACAUGGCCAUACAAGUAGAGAUAAUGUGCAUCUGGGUGAGCUUCAGAUUCCUCCCGCUUAUGCUUUGCUGCUCGUGGCUUGCAUUUAUUGUCUCAUUCAUUUGCAUGUUCAGUCUCAGUAGACGUCUUUGCACAUACAUUACAGUACAGGAGCUUCUGCGCCUACAGCUGUUUUUACUUGACAGUAGAUCCGGGCCUUAACCGCACAUUCUCUUCAGUGUCUUUCAGUCCACCUCUGACCUUUGCCAAGACAUUUUUUUGUAUUAUAAUUUGUAUCACACACGAGAGAACCCUGUUUUCCCCUCACAGUCUCGCUCUCACAAUCUCACUCUGUCUCUUAUGUCUUUGAACCCAACCGGAUAUCAAACAAAACGGAAAUGACAUUUUAUUUCCCCCAAAAUUGAUUUCCUUAGAGCACUUUGACGAGAGACUGAUGAUUAAAGAGAAAAAAUACACAAAAUACCACUGACUUUUCACGACACAUAUCAGUACAGAAACAUCUGUGUUGUCUCGUUGUGAUACAGGAUUGUUAAAGUCAAGGUCUGCUGUGUUGAAACGCUUCCACAGAUGCUCUGUAUGAUCUUAAAGUGCUUCCAGUCGAGUUAGAUGUUAUCAAAAUGUUCAACAACGGAUGACCAAAAUCAUCAAUUGUAUUGAUUUUUUUAGUAGCACUGCAUCCUUGGUAGACUACAGUAUUUAGGAAUGUGUAACACUGCACGGUGUUUAGUGCACUAAGUCUAUGGUCACUGGAUACUUUAUUCUAGCAGUAAUAUUCAGUUUAUGGUAAAUGUAAAGUCAUUUACAUUACAAUACCACAAGAAAAGAAAAUUACCUGUGACCAACAUCUUUUUAAACGCGUUAAAUGUCAGUAGUUUGAUUGAUGGGAAGCUCUUUGUCACUCUUUUGUAUCCUGUGUCGUUUUUUCAAUUCUGAAUUUAUGCACUUACGUAUGCUUCUGUAUGGGGAAUGUAGCCUCUGAACAGCUUUCUGGUCUUAUCAAUAUGUUGUCAGUACGCUGUGCUUUUUUGACCCACUGUCAAGAUUCUCCUGAUGUGUCUAGCGAAUGAUUCACUGUGGCAGAACAUUUCUGAUUUAUCAUGCAAGCCGUCGAACUCAACAGUCAGACAGCCGACGAAGGCAGUGAUACAGAAAUAAUUAAUGUUGAAAAUUAAUGUUAAAAACUGAUUUUCUUCUCAGCUACAGGUUUAGUGCUAAAAAGUACAAAAAAGAAACCAGACCUUGCAAUUAUUGCAUCUACAAAAGCAACAACAACAAAAACUAAUCGCCCUAACCCUUUUGAAUUUCACAGAACAAAGGUCAUGUCAUUCAACCAGACUCAACACUCGGUCCAAAAAGUGAGUUACAUUUAAAAUCUCCAGUAGGCGAAAUAAUGACUUCCCUCUAAAAAGGUCAUUUAUGUAGUUAAGUCUAAAAUGUUCCCCCUUCAAACAGCUUUCUGGUCGUGCACACUGAACAGUACGCAGUGAAUCUCAAACAUGGCAGAGCAGUGCAACAUCAAAAUGUAGAAAACCCUUUCCCACAGUGAUUCAUUCGCUUAUGUCCGUGUUACCGCCCAGUCUGGACACAGAGUUAACAGGGGGGUAUUUUUAAAACGCUUUUUUGACAGAAUAUUUGUAAAAUGCUGUUUCUCUCCGUCUGCCUGGUGAUCCGCCCUGCAGUGCCUUGUUGCACUCGUCAUUUUUGGACAACAGACACAUUUGCAUCUUAAGAUGUGGACGCUCACCUCACAGGCCAUGCGAAAGACACACUUGACUUCUCAGGGUCGCUGUGGUUCGACUCUAAGAAAGACUUCACGGUCGGGGGAAUGUGAAAAGAUGCUCCUUGUGAGCAUAUUUAGCGUUGGGCGCGUUGCUUGAAACAGGAGUGGGUCGAGCAGCCGGCUUCCCCCUCCUGCCUUCUCGUGGACAGAUGUUUGUCAAGAACGAGCCCCGGCGCCCUCCUCCCACACCUCUGCACUGGUUCGGCCUUGACUCAAAGCUCGGAGCCGUCCAUUUUCACAGAACACGUCCGAUCUGCACAUGUAUCGUGCAUAUUCUCUGUCUGACGCCUGUUUGAAAUGCAUACUUUUCAGUUAGGACUGACUGGAAAGAGUGAAUGUUUAUGUACAGUAUAUGUACUGUCAUGCAUCUCUGCUGCACCCGAGCAUGGCGGUGAGCCGGAGAUGCAGAUUAAAGCUCAACACUGAUUGAAGAAGACCUCAACACAAACACUGCUUUAAAAAAAAAAAAAAAAAAAAGUCAGAAAACUACUGUGAUUCUGAGACCUGCAGCAUUUACUUUUGUCGUUUUGCAUUAUCAGAACAGCACUGUUGUACAUUGAGGAAAGACAUUUUGUGGAACUCUUUAUAGUCUACAGUACAGUAUAUUCCUACUGUUGAGGUCAGUGUUGUAGUUUUAAAUUUCGGAUAUUUAUUUGCAUGAUGUUUUGAACAGUUAACAGAUUUCUGUACAUAUUCUGAUGGAUAUUUUACAUUCCUGUCCACAUUCGGAUCUCCAGCUCCGUGGGGAGAAGCGAUGUGCCCUCUGUGGAUGUUCUUGGAGAUGUGGAGGCCACAGAGCUCUUACAUCGGAACGAAGAAAGCUGAAAGUUUGACUUCAGUGAAGCCUAUAGUAACUGUCAGUGUUUGCAAUUUAGAUCUUUUACAUCAAGUAAAAGCACAGAGAAGUUUAGAGUUAUGAGCAACAUACUGCCUGAUUGAACUUUACUCCUUUAAGUAAAAAGGUCUCUAAUUGAUAUAAAACUACUGCAAAUGAUUUAUGCACUUAAAGGCUCUAUAACAAAUAAAUAAGAGUGGCAUGUGUGUGGGGAGCCCCCUUUAUUAAUUAACUUUGUUUAUGAACUAGAUUUAAAUGUCGCUUAUUUCAUUUAUUUACGUGUUAUUUUAUAUAUUUAUUUAUUUGGGUAUUGUGCGUGAUAUUUGUAUUGAACAGAAAGGAUCUGGAUGUGAUUGAAGCUUGUGUGGGAACAAGACGCAGUUUACAAGAAAAAAAAAAAAUCUAAACGGACAAAAAUGAGCUCUAUAUCCUGUAUGUCUAUGUCUUUAAUUUACUGAGUAUCGAACGAUAAGAAUGUCCAUGUUUCUGCUGUAACUUUGCUUUUCAUUCAGCUGACGUUGUCGUUUCCUCGGGACCGUUUCCUCUCUUCGUGCCAGUCUCCAAUGCCACCUCAUUUUUGUACAGACAAUGUGAAGCAGUCAGCAGAAGAUGAAGGCUAACUUUGUAAAGAUUUUGUCAGUCGCAUUACAAAAUGGAUAUUUAAAUGUUUAUAUCUUUGGUGAUUAAAUGCUAUUGAUAUUUUUCACUUUA